GCUUUGAGCCGUAGGAAUUCGAUUCUUUUUCUAUAUAAACCCUGUUCAAACUUUUAUUUCUCUAGGAGCUGUUUUGGCCCUGCAAGCAUAUGGGACGUCCACUACUUGCAAGAUCAGUAAGAUUGCUGAGUGUUGACAGGGGGGUGAGAAACAAGCAUGCAGCUCCUGCACAUGGCUGCAUGGGUCGAGUCAAGAAACAGCAACGUGCAGCGGCGGCUGAUGGAGAAGGUUGCUGGGUUCCUCACCCGAGGACAGGGAUAUAUUACCCUAAAGGCCAUGAUUGGGUGAUGGAAGACGUCCCAGAAGGAGCGUCGUCGUUCCCAAGGACUUACUGGCUCAGGAGGGACAGUUUUGAAGAUGUUGAUAAAUCAGAUGCAGAUGUCUCCACUCGCACCAACUAUGAUCACCCAUUCCUCGGCAUAUAGUUUUUAGGUUAACUUGUAGAACUACUACUAGUGAAUAACAGUGUCCCAACUGUCAGUCAGAAUCUGAAUGUCUUAAUCUCCUAUGAAGUUGGAAAUGUUGGAUUAAAGUCUCUUAUAAGAAUUCCAAGAGCUCUAUAAGCUCUGCUUCUAA